CAAUAUAAUGCUUUGAUUUGUGGGUGUUUUUUUGGCACAUAAUGCACAAUUUAAUGUAUAAUGUAUAUCUAAAUAAUUCUUCCUGUGAUUCAGUAUGUUUGAUUGUGUUCGAUGUCAAAAAUCUGAGGUGAAUGACUCCAAUAAAUUAAUUAAACUUACAUUGUCUGCACCUUGACAAUGUUUUAUCUACCUUCUCCGCAUCUAAACUAAAAAAUUUUCCGCUUAGAACUAAAGCUACUCUUGAGCAAGAUGAACAUUUAAUGCAAUCAUCAUUUAAAGUGUGCCAUCUUGCAUCAUCCAGUUGCGUUUCAGCAGCUUACAUACGAUAAAUAAUUUGAUUUCAUUAUUUUUCCACCAGAUGUCACUCUUAAUAUGUAUUGUGAAUCACAGCAUUUCUUAAAGACAUCCUUUGUCUUACAACGAAAAACAGACCUGCCUCUAAAUAUGAAGAUUUUAUCGCUCUUUGGGAGAUUAGAAAAUGUGUAUGCUCAAUAAAUAUGAUUAUCUUUCUUCAGAAAAGCUUAAUCUCAUCUUGAGCAACACUUGAAGAAGCGAAAUUAACUCCGUGUUGUUUUUUGCAAUCUUCACUUGAAAAUACAUAUUGAAAAUGUCCUAUCAAGAAAUUCCAUCAGUUGGUUUUGUUUGAUCGACCAUUCAGUAGCAAAAUUACAUAUGCGAUUCCCUUUAGAAAAGUGUGUUUUAUUUCAAUGUGCGUGAAUACGGUUUUUUCCUUUAAACAAAUACCUUUCAAUGGAAAGACUGCCCUCUGUUUAGAGUAUGAAGAUGAUUGACUAAGGGGUACGCUUUGUAAGUGAAUGGCAGACUGGCAGCUGUUAUAAGUCUUGAUUAUAAAAUCAGUCAGUAGAAACCAUAGCAAUAGUUUCUUUGGUAACAACAGUCAAUAGUAGCUGACUUUAUUUUAUAGUAUAUUUGGUCUCUUUUAGUGUAGCGAAGAGAAUAUGAAAAGUAUUUUAGCAUCAAAUCUGUAUGAAGUUUUCUUCAAGGUGUACAUAUGAACGUCCAAUAAGGUACACAUCUUCACCAAUCGAGGAUGCAAUGCAUUGUUUUGGUUGUCUGAUUUAGAGCCUGUAUUACAAAUAAUUUGCUCCUUGUUUUUUAAAAGUUUUUUUGCGUUCUGGUACAAUCACUGCCAAAAGUCUUGGAACACUAACGUAGGUUUUCAAAGGCAUAUUCAGCCAUCCCCCUCUCCCCCUAGGAACAAUGUUGAUUUACUAUAUAAAAAAGAAAGGGGUUACGGAGUACGCUUUUUCUUGUGGAUUGUUUGAUAUUUUUCUAUACUUUCAACAUUGUUUUGGGGGGAAAGGGGGGCGGAAGUGGUAGUAUUCAAGAAAACAAAUGAAAAAUAGAAAGCACAGCGCAAAGUGUUAGGUGUUCCAAGUAAUUUUGGCAGUGAUUGUAGCUGUUCUUUUCAAUUUUGUUGUAUCUUGACCACUUUUCAAUUAAAUUGCCAAAAAAUUAUGGCUUCAGAAGUUUUAUAACCGUUAUCAAGAUCAGCAUCUAAAGGCAAGAUCGUUUUGCCUUUUAAAAAGCGUCAGAUGUUUUUCAACUAGAUUUUUUUGCGAUAAAGAUUAACCCGCUGCUUCUUCUUCGAUCCUGCCACCAAACGGAAAUUUUGUUGGAUGGUUCCGCGGAGGCGUAUGACAGCUUUCUGGCUAGUUUCUGCUGGGCUGGAAUGGAAGCAGCGCAGCAGGUAGUUCAUCGCACCCGAUAGGUCAAGUGGUACCUAUGCUACAGCUGUAACAUGGGUCUAUAACUGGGCAACUGUGAUAAAUCUGUAACUAGGAUUCUAAGAGUGUUCUAGUCUCGUUGAAGCAAUGCUGUGUUUCUUUAAGAACUAUUUGUAACUAAGACAGGUUGCUCAGUGUCUCAGGUCUACAAGAACUGUAAACAAACUAAUUAUAAUGUUUUCUAAAGGUUCCUUAAUGAUGUAUGAAAAUAUACUGCAACAUUCUCAUGAGAAAAUCUCUAAGUCUCGUAAAAGCACAAGCAUUUACAACAUUGCGCCGUUUGCAUAACAGACACGUAAUAUUGAAAGUUAGAUGCCAGGAAUCAAUUAAAUAGAUCUCUAUCAAGUAUGCUGCUCGUGAGAGUUAGACAUAGACACUAAUUACGCUACAUGUGUUUGUUUUGUUAACAAGUAUCUAGAACCACUAAGACAGGGUCAACAAUUGACAAAUAAAAUUUUUGGAAGGAUAUUGGCCACAUUGUUUCUAAAAAAGUCUGAUGGAACAACAUCAAAGUGGGAUGCCAGCCUACUUUCAUAGUCAUAGACUAAGGUAACAACAGCUGGGAGUGACUAGUCACAACAGCUGGGAGUGGCGGAAGAGGUUCUUUGUACCUCAAUUUGAUUCUAGGGGCCAAUAUCUUGCUUAUUGCAAGUGAUGGAGAAACUGAUAUUUCACAAAUUGAUUGUUUUUCCUCGGCUUGUUAGUGUACUGUAGCUGUUCAAAGUAUGGUGUUAGCUAGUAUCUCUGUAAGACGUGUUUAGAGGCUGCAAAUUGCUAAUUUUGCAAUCCCCGAACUAAGGAUUUCUGAAAUGUGUCUGUCAAAGACAUUCAGACAGACUGUUCCAUUGAAAUCGUUCUAAUAAUGACGCAGCCAUUCUUAUGAUUAAACAUUAAACAUUAAGAUUAAAGAGCAAAGGAUUCGAAAUGGCUCCUUGAAGAACAACACAACCUGGCAGGACUGUUGUGUUGAAAGCGAGAUUCAUAACUGACACUUAACUGUUUUAAAGCUGAGAGUUCGAAGAUAAACAACUUCAUAGAUCUGAUGGUAUGGAUAUUUCUUAUUUUAUCUCACUCAUGAUAUCACUUUAUUUGGGUUUUGGAUUUUUCUCUUGACCAAAACAUUUCUUCGUUGUUUUAUCAUAACAUGAAACCGCUUACAUGCAAAACCAGUAUUAUGAAUUGCGUUCGUGGCAGCCUUUGGUUUCCAAUAAAUGUAAGCAUUCCUAUGGCGAAUCGUCGUAUAUUUCUAUAAAUCAUGAAUUUUCAUAGUAUACAGGACUUAGCUUAGAAAAAUAUGGCUCUUUGGAUAUUUUAUUUAUAAAUUUUAUGUUAUUGUUAAUGGCAAACAUUGACAGCCACUCAUGGUGUAAUGGGAGGGGACUACAAGAUGGCAUUUACUGUUUCUAGCUUGGUUGCUUGUUGUUUUUUCAAAACAAAAUCCGCUUUUUAUAUCAAUACGCAGAGCAAGCUAAUUCUGAGCUUCCAUUGCUCAGUUAAAUAAGAUUUUUACCUUUCAUUUCAUUCAUUAAUUCAACUAGCUGCGAAAAAUCAGUAGGGCAUCGCAAAGAAUUGUCGUCACCAACGAAAACAGACAGAAAGGCGAUGAUUCUAUCAACAACAGCAACAACAGGUACUUGCAAAAAGUUAUUUAAUGGAAUGUUUCUCCCCAUCGAACCGAGCGUACCACUAAAACAAAACAGAGAAAGACAAUGCAAAAGUACAGAGCUUCAUUUUCAGAUAAAAAUGUACAAGCCUUUUUAAUUAAAAACUACACCCAGUUUAUUCAGAUGCAGACGAGGUCAGUUUUUCGGUAUUCUGUAAAAGAAUCUUAGAAUAUCUCAUUUUUCGGCAGGUAGAAGAUCAGAAAUGAUCGAGAAAAUUCAAAGAAGUUUCUGAAGUCAUUUUGUACAUGUUCUGCCAGCAAUCGUAAGUGUUUAUAAGUAUUUUGUUUCCCAUUUAUUCUAAAUGGAUUAUUUAGAUAUAACAAACUUGUUGUGUAAUUCUACACCUCUCCUUCUUUAAAACAAGGGCAUAACAAACUAUAAGAUUUCGUGCCAUAAUGCAGAGUUCCAGGCAUACUUCAUAUCCAAACCAUGUAAAGUACACAUCUAAGCUGUUGAGAGCCAUUGCAUAAUAAGCUGCGACAUAAAUUAUAAUAUAUUUCAAUGAUCAAUGGUUAAAUUCUCUAAAACAUUUGGAGGGGGGCCAAACAUGCUAAAAACCAAAAGCAAGGCAAUUUUUUAUAUGGUUAUUAGUACAUUUUGAAAAUUAUUGGAGGGGGGCUAAAGCCCCCUCAUCCCCCCUCCCUGCUAGCGCGUUCCCUGAUUUGUAGCCAUGACACUUUGCAAAAGUCAAGCUGAAAAAAAUAUCAACAUUCAUUGAGUUUUUUUUCUUUAAAUGCAAACAGUCCUUGAACAACAAAUAAAAGAUCAAAGACAAAUGCGAUUUUCUUUCUGGCAACUAAGUCAAUAUUAGCAUAAACAGGUUUAACAGCUGACUGUUAGAAUCUCCUUUGAAACGCUUGUAGGCUGAGGUUUAAGACUUUCAAGAAAAUUAUUUUCAUCAUGGUAAAUAUUUUACUUAAUUGUGUUGUUAAUUUUCUCUUUUGUAAGAAAAAUGUUAUCUUAUUUCAAAUGAUUUAGGAAAACCUUUUCGAGCGUUUACAUUGCCAAACAUAAAUUUUUAGAAACCAGAACCUAACGGUGAGAAAGCUUUACAGAUUUUUAUUCAAAAAAUUUCGAAGAGGCUUGUCCCAUUAUGUUUUCCUUGGAGGAGAGCCUUUGUUUACGUCGAUUAACAACGAGGAACAUUAUAGGGCCUAAGAAGUUACAAAUUCGAUUGCAUAUUGGAAUCUGAAUGAGAAAUGACCAAAUUUCGAACAAAUUGAUCUCAAAACAUUUGGCCAAUAGCUUCUCCGUAAACUUAUUGCUCUUGGGUGGGCUGAGGAGGAGAGGAUAUCGCGAAGGAAGUAUGAUUUGAAACUCAUUUACUCACCCUUGAUAUGUUUUAAUAAUAUGCUACAAGCGUGAUGAGAGCGGACAAGAUGGUCAAGUGCUCAGCUAGGAUCAACCUAUCCUAAAUUUUUUCCUUUUUUACGUGAAUCACAAAUUACUUGCAUGCUUUUAGAGAAAGAUUUCCAUUUACCAGAAAGAGGAUAACGGACUCAAAUUUAUUGAAAAAUUUGAUUAGCCAUACCCAAUAAUUGCACGCCUGUUGAUCGGGAAAGAAGUUAAGUCCCCUCCCUGUACGAAAUUAUUACCAAGACUGUUCUGGUACAUGCUAGAGUGCAAUAGGAAUUCUUUCGUGACCUGAUGAUCAUAAUGUUGUGUCGUCUAUGCUUGUCCACUCCACCCACUUAAUUUUCUUCAAAAUUUCGAUUGGCUUUGUAGUCAUAAUUCUCUUAGAGGGUUCAUUUCUGUAAAGAAAACGUUUUUGUUAUUUUCCGCGUUUUAACGCCGAUGAACAAAGGAGUCAAAGACUAACUUUGAUCUUAUGGAUUAAAGUUAAUUUCGAAAGUCAUAACAAUCUAAUGGAAAGCAUAGGAAACAUACAGGGCAUUCGUGUUGGUCGUAGCAACACUUGUUUUGUUGCUGCGAUGAUAGAUGCUCGCAUUUAAAAUAGCUGAAUUCUAUCAGAUUAGAAACGAUCAACUAAAUUUUGAAAUUUAAUUCUGAAACACUUUCACCCGCAACAAGAACAAAAGAGAUUUUGUGAAUAUGUGAUGUUAUUUUUCAGUCUUUUCAUUAUCAAACUAAUGCCAUAAAUAAAUCAUGAUGCAUUCAUAAGAUAGAAAAGAUAAAUAUUCAAUGAGAAAAUAUAUUUGUGUUGGUACAAGAAGAUGGAAACAGGUCUAUGAAUAAAACUUAUAGUAUCUAAUGGUAUGUUAUCACUAGCAAGAAGCCCACAUAAUAAACCUCACACCAAGAGGUUUAGCGUAAGCAACUUGGUAGGGUAGAAAAGGGAUAAAACAAAAAUUGAGCUGACUAGGUAUUGCAAUGCUACUAAACUCAUGCUCUAAGGGAGGGCUGUAUUCCUGAUACCUAGACCGGAAGCGAACUGAGAAAGAAGCCCUUUUCCUCCUUCUGCCUUUGAAACGCAUAAACAUAUGAAAAAGUAUAUCGAAUAAAAGGCUAGCCUUGUCAUCAAUGCUCAGCAAUAUGAAAUAAAAGAAUAAGAUAAUAUUUCCUAUUAUUCUAUCUUGCUCUUAGAAAUUUAGUUUAUCUCGACAAACAUUACAUCUACAAUUACACAUUAUAUGAUUCUAUGACCGUGGAUGUAGCAACCAUUGAUUAGCUUAAUUUCAAGGGUCCUGAGGCACUGCACUGUUAGUCGUGCUGAUUAAUUAACUUUUCUUUAUGUUGUGAAUUUCUUUUGUCUAGCUGUUUGAAGAUUAAAUUUUGUUUUCUAAAUCUGCAAACAUAUUCAUUUCUUUUUAUUGGAACAAAAAUUGCUAGUUGGGACAUCACUGAAUACCAAUUUCACGGAUGAAAUUUCACGCAUAUGACGUCAUCAAACUGACAAACAUACCAACACAUGUGGUCACAGUAAGCACUUAUAAGAUGUGUAAUCGUUGCUUGUCAGAUAUACCUGCAGCUUCUGUCUUUUCUAGGUUUCUUUGCUUAACAAUGCUACGUCCAAAUUCAUGUUAAGAUAGCGUUCAGCUGCUCUGCCCGUUGUUUCGCUACACAAAGAAUCAAUUACGUUUGGUAUAUCCCAUUUGUUCGCGUCCUUUUCGCUGCAUUGAAUAGAGGCCCUAUAAAAACUAUAUCAAGUAAACUGCCUUGUCCAGUAUCAAGACUAGAGAACACAUACGAGACUGGAGAAGUUUUUGGGAUAUAAAAAAUUCGCACAGUCUUCUCAUCUUUCAAGGAUUUUUACCAAACUGGCUGCAUUCGAAUGGAUCAACUUCGUCAGGCCUAGUAAGACAGAAGUUCUUCCAACGAGCAAAGAACAUGUCAGAUGUCAUGAAAGAGGAGGAAGAGACGAUCGAACUUUUGUCACCAUCCAGUGGCACUGUGCAUAAAAAACCUGAAGACUUGAAUCAGAAGCUGGCAAACGGUAAAGAGGACCAAAUAAUUACUAUCAACGUAAGUGGUCGAAUAUUUCAGACACUCGAGAGCACGCUAUCAAGAUUUCCUUCGUCCCUUCUGGGCAGUAAAGAAUCGAGAAAACAACUAAGAACUGACGAAAAUGGACAUGUAUUCCUAAACAGAAAUCAGCGAGCUUUUGAGAUUUUGUUGACAUUUUACCAAACGGGUAUCUUUGAGGAACCAACUGGUGUUAACCUGAAUGUAUUCAAGCACGAAAUUCGUUACUUUGGUUUAGUGGAUGAAGCGAUCGAGUGUGGAGUCAAAGAUCUCAUUGUUAGACCGGCGAUUUUCCCUAAAAGAAAAUGGCAAGCAGCUCUUUGGAACGUUCUGGAAGAGCCACAGUCAUCGAUAGCUGCCAGGGUUGUUGCUGUUGUUUCGCUGGUGGUUAUUGUCAUAUCCGUAAUCGUAUUCUGCAUGGAGACGGAACCAGAAAUACGUCAACAAACCCCAAAGUACAAGGUUACGAAUGCCGUUAUUCAGUACUUGGAGAUCAUUUGUGUAGUAUACUUCUCUGGGGAGUUCAUUCUCCGAUUGAUCGCCUCCCCUAACAAGAUACGCUUUUUCGUUGAUUUUCUCAACAUUAUUGAUCUGCUCGCGAUUGUGCCAUUUUAUAUUACCCUCGCUACGAAAUCUGAAGGGCGUGUCUCGAUUUAUUUCUUAAGAACUAUUCGUCUUGUUCGUGUUUUUCGCAUCUUCAAACUGUCUCGAUAUUCCGGUGAGAUGAAGAUCCUUGGCAAAGCACUAAUAGACAGCGCAAGGGAACUCUGCGUUCUUCUCUUCUUUAUUGUUCUUGGAGUUAUACUUUUUUCGAGUGCUGCCUUCUACGCGGAGGAUGGAACCAGCGAUACAAUGUUCAAAAGCAUCCCAGGGGCAUUUUGGUGGUCAAUCGUUACCAUGACGACUGUUGGUUAUGGAGAUGAGGUACCAAAAACUACCGUUGGCAGACUGGUGGGAGCUGUUUGUGCCAUGUGUGGAAUUCUGGUCAUAGCAAUGCCCAUUCCUAUUAUCGUUAAUAAUUUUACGAGGCAGUACUUGAGGCUGGAGCCGGUUUCAAAAUACUGGGUACAGAUCAAGGCCGAAGAACAGUUACAAGGAAGAAAGAAACUGUUCAGUGGAAUACCAUUACCCCAGAUUUACCUUGAGCAAAAGAAUAGGAACUUAGAGGAGGUGAAAACCGGAACGAACCCCUCUUAACACAAAUUUUAUCAAGUUUUAAUAUAAUGAAACAGCACAGGGUCCGUAGCCAUAGUUGCUUGGGAGGAGAGUUACGUGAGAGUUUUAGGAGGAUGUUAAGAGGGGAAAAGGUGGAUGUACUAGCGCUUUGGAGGUUUCAAGAAGGGUGCAAUGAAGGUUGAAAGAGGUUGCGAGGGUUAAAAGGGUGCAAAGAGAGUGUAAGAAGGGGCAGGGGAAGUUUUAGAGGUUUAAGGGAAAAUCUAGGGAGUGUAUGGCAUCGCAAGGCCAGCUUCAUUAUAGAUAAUUUAAGCAGUAUUUGAAUUAUGUUGAAUAUAACCUUCUACCCGUACUUGGUUUAUAUUGUCGUCCUUUUCAGCCAGCGCAGUAACCGAUGAGUAUAGUCUCGUGAUAGCAAAAUUCUUGCAAAUUAUUUAGUGAGUUGAUAAACAGCAGCACCCAUUUCCACACCAUUUGGCUCUAUCCCAAAAAGGUUCUUCUGAACAGGAGGCGCCUGUAGUCACAGAUUGUACAUAAGAUACCGUUUCUUCACAUGUGUAUAUUAACUGUUCAAUUUUACUCGUUCCCACAGGCCAAUCAUACUCGUUAUUGCAUUACUUGACUUCUACUUUACUAAGCAAUUCGUUGUUUUUUAAUGUGGCCUGAGAUUACUCUUAUCAAAAUUGAUGCAGGGACUUUAUAGACAAAUGAAUAAUGGACCAGAAUAUUUUAAAUAUCUCUUAGGGUCAAGUUAUGAUAGGACUUAAUAUCUGAACAAAAAACAUGUAUUGGCUCCCUGUUAGUUUCUUUUUUUGUGGAGUGAAUCUUUGGUUGGGGCAAGGAGCGAUAGGUUCAGAGCAUAUAAUUAUUCUCACAGUUAGUAGGCUAUAUAUUUCUAUCACUUCCUUAUUAGAUAUGAACAGCCCACUUUAUCUUAACAUCUUAUAGAUACAGCUGUGAAGUAAUUGCUAUAGCUUCUUUGUACAUGUUGAAGAGCAGUAAAUUUUGAAUGUUGUUUCUUUUGAAGCCAAUAGAUGUACAUAUGAGUUUCUAAUUAUAUUACAGGCAGGGUCCUGUGCCAGGAAAAGCUCAUGUUGAUAAAUAGAGUUGUGUCGUAUCAAUAGAAAAUUGUAUGCUCAAAAUUAUAGAUUGUAUAAGAAAAUAACAAUUUACCACUUUAAGAUGUGCCUUUUAUUGAAUACCGUGUUUCAAGUCUGUUUUUACUUCCAAUGAACGACAAAAGCACGCACUUUUUAUAAAAGCACUUCCGUUUUAAUUAACUUAUUUACAGUUAUGCAAAAGCUAUUAGACAUAGAGAACAUAGAGUCAAGGAAAAUUUUCAUUCUUCAACAAGUGCAAGGGCCAAAUAGGUUUCAAAAUAAAAGGCUUUGAUCUCCGUCAUUAUAUAGAACAUAGAGACUUUCAAAGUUACCUUUUGAAAAUGAAUGUGUCUUUGAAAAUUUGUUAGGGAGGGGGCUCGAGCCCCUUAGCCCCCUACUUUUACAGCCUUUGAGCAAGUGAAAAUUUUAACUCGUCAUCCCCUUUCCUGCUCUAAGCUAAAUUAUUUCUAGAACAUUUACCAGAAUACUUUUGAAAGUCAGU